GGUCGGUUGGUUGGCCGGGCACUGUUAACGGUGUUGUGUUUUGGCCACAAUAAUUUACUGUUGUUGGUUGGUUGGCUGGCCGUUUGGUUGGUUGGUCAGUCAACAUGUUGUUGCUUUAUGAACAACAAACUCUGAUUAUCUGCGGUCGUAUGGCGUUGUUGUUGACCAAGUUUGGUUUGAGGUUGGCUGGUAUUGACUGGCUGGUAUGAUUGUUUUGCCGGUUGGGCAAGUAAGUCUCUUCCUUCUCCUCCUCCUCCACCACCACGUGAGACACAACGGUGAAUAUUUUUUUAAACAUCAGCUGGGUAUAUUGUGUCUGUGUGUGAGACAGAAUGCUUUUCCAAAGAGUAUACCAAGCUACCUACCUGGCUGGUUAGCUUAUGUUUGUUUUGUUUUUAUAUUAUCACAAGUUACGGUGCCUCAGAGCAGGCGGUUGGUUGAUGUUUUCGCAGUAUGGUUGUUGUUGGUGUUGGUAUUACGCUCAUAGCUGUUUUGUUGUCUUCAUUGAUUUUUCCCUCCGAUUGUAUUACUUAAGCUUAUUUGAGUUUAAGCCACAUCUAACUGAGUAUUCAGUUGCGAAUUUCAUACAAAACGGAGCGGUUGUUUUGCAGGCAGCAAACAAGUCUCAGCUAAUAAAAAAAAAAACGAAAAAAUGAAACAAAAUUAAAAACAAAAAUCUCAUAAAAAUUAGCAUCUAUCCCCUCCGGCUCAGUCGGUUGUCGUGUUUACACCCAAUCACCCCAUCCCCCAUAGUGUUUGUGCCUUGUUUGAUCGCCAUCACCCCGUCAACAUCAACACCACCAUCACCGCAGCCACUGCCAUCAGCAUCGUAUCCCGAUGAUGAAUAAGUGCUAAAAACCAAAAAAAAGUGUUCAAAAAAGUGAAAAUAAUUUUUUGUUUCUUUCUGUUAUAAGCUGGGCAAUGCUUAGUUAAAAGUCAAAAAAUUUUUGGUAAAAAAUUUCAAAAAAAUACAAAUUCUGAAGUUUAACGUAACAUUGGAAUUUUGUAGAAUUUCAUAUCGUUUUCAAAAAAUAAGUUCUUAACAAGGCCCAGAAACAACCACAACAUCUUGACAAAAUGUUUAACAUGCGCAAUCAACUGGAUAAGAUAAUUAUCACAGCCAUGGAUCGGUUUGUUUGGUUUGUUUUAUUGGUGGUCUUCUCGCAUCUGGUCACCGAAUUCACACGUGUCACCGGUUAUUCGAGGGGCCAGCGCCAUGACGCGGUCAUGGUAAACGACUCAUCGUCAACACAACCGAUAAGAGUACAGAAUCUCCUCCAGUAUCCUGGUCAGGAAUAUGGACAGUACGCGCCGCGAAACCCGUCAUAUUACAACAACGCCAACAAUCAAUACAACAAUUACGACAAUAGCAAUGUCAAUGGUGCCAAUAGCAACAGUAACAGCAACAACAACAAUAAUUUCUUUAGUUAUAUGUUUAGUGGCUUUUUUAAUGCAAAUGGCAACAGCAACAACAACAACAGAGAUAAGGACAAUAGUCUCGGCAACAACAACAACAAUGUUUAUGUGAACAACAACAAUGAUAACUAUGGUGCGGGGGGCUAUAAUACCCCCAACAAUGCCCAGAUUGGAGUUGGACCCAUCCAGGAAGGUGUCCGCACCGUGGGCGGCAUGAUUCGGCCCAUCAUCGAUAGCAUUUUUGAUAUACCCAUUUCAACGCUGCGUGCAGUCAAUAAUUUGGUUGGACGCUUAACAGGCAGUUAUCAAAUCAAAUUGCCAUUCCAACAACAGCAACAACAGCAGCAGCAUCAGUCUCCCCCACACCAAGCCCACCAGCAACAGCAAUACUCACCAUCAUUACCAUUCCUGCCAUCCUUUCCAUUUUUCGCCGAACCCACACCAACCCCAGCGUCAUCGCCUUAUUAUGGCGUUCAAAAGUCGGCAAAUGCCCAGCCGAAAAGUGAAAUUGAAGUCUUGAAGAGAAUUCGACAAAUCGGCAGUGGUAACCAGCAGCAACAAAAACCAACAACAAAUGCAAGCCUUUAGAAACAAAAAACAACAACUGUGUGGUUUUCCUAAGCAUCACCAACACCUGCUUAGCAUGAAAUAUUUUGUUUGCAAAAAAUCCAAAAAAAAAAAGACUGAAGAUGUUUUCAAAAGUUGUUCGGGGAGGCAGCAGCUGUAAUUGCUUGGAUCCUGUCCGGCGGACUUGAACUGAACGUGGAAGAGGUGAAAGGAAAAAGAAGUAUUUGUUAUCAUUAGAGUUUAAUUAAAUCGUAUUUUAAUUGAUUCUACGUUUUUUUGUUGGUUCCACCUAUUCCUAUGCUUUAUUUAUUUAUAUAGGUUUUUUCUCAGCCACCACUUCCUCUAUUUUUGUUGCUCCUUCCAAGACCAUCAAGAAGAGGGAGGGUAGAAGGUACAUCACCUGAACAAAUAUUUUUUCCAAAGAACGGUUUAAUGAAAAAUCACGCACAUAAAUAAAUAUAUAUGUAAAUUGCUGUGCAGGGCUGCAAAUCCAAUGGAAUUUAGAGGAAAGCAAGAAUGGAGAACCUUCUCAUACCGAAAAUAUGAAUUGAAAAUCAAGCAGAAAAGGAAAACAAAUAAGGACCAAUUAACAUAAACAAUGUAGGAAAAAAUUUUUCCUAUGCAAAGCUUCAAAAGAACUGAAAAAGGUCAUCCAUGUAUUAGAAGAAGUCAGAAAGGUCUUCGAAUUUAUAGAGCUGAAGAAACUCCUCUAUGCAGUAAAAGCCAUAAAAAGUCUUCUAUUUAUAGAAAAUCUAUAGAAGCUCAUAUACCUCAAACAAUUGGUAAAAGCUUUUCUAUCUAUACACGGGCUUAAAAAGUCCUAUCUUUAAAAAUGAAGUAAGCCUACUCCUAUAAUAGAAUUGCGGUAAAAGCUAUAUACAAAAGGUAAAAGAAUCACACAACUGCGGAACGUCUUCUAAAUAGCGGAGCCAGGGAAGCUCUUUUGUGUCCCAAAGGCUAAAAUGAACUGAAAAAGCUCACUUCUGCAGAAGAAUUGCAAAAGCCCUUCUUUCUAAAUAAGUACUACCAAAUGUCGCAGAAGAAGAACACUGGGCAUUCUUCUCUCAAUAGAAAUAUUGUAAAAGCUUUUUUGUACUUAAAAGGCAUAUAAAAGCUCUUUUAUAUUAAAAAAAUACGAAAAAAGGUUUGAUAUCUACAGAAAAGCUACUUCUGUCAAUAACAGCAAUUAUAUUAAUAAAACAGUUUUAAGAACUUUUUCUCUACAGAAGAGCUUCAAAAGCUUUUAUAUCCAUAGAAGAACGAUAAAAGCUCUUCUAUCAAGAGAAAAGCCGCAAAACCUUCAAAAGUCUCUCGGGAAUCAUAAAAGCUCUACUAUCAAUAGAAAAACAUUAAAACCUUCAAAGAUCUAUCUAUAGAAGGAUUUUAAAAGUUCUUUCCUAUAAAAGUUGAAAAAAAAAACUCUUAAAUUUAAAAAAGACCUGUAAUAGAUCAUUUGCUGUUUUCCGGAGCUUAAAAAGCUCCGAUUUAUAAGCGAGUACUAAAAGCUUUUCCGUCCGUAAAAAAACAACCAGACUCCUGUUUUUUUAUACAAAAACUGCAAAAACAUGAAUCCCAACAAAAGAGCUUUAAAAGCUCUUCUAUCCAAGAAAGCUCUGCAAAUUCUCGUCCAAUUACAGAAUAGCUUUAAAACGUUUUCUAUCUAAAGAAAUUGUAUAAAGACUCGUCUUUUUGUAGAAGAAAUUCUAAAGCGGCAUUUCAUUUGAAGAGUAACUGUAAAUUUUUCA